UGUUAAUAAAUUCGAACUGGUACUUUUGUAAACAAAUACAUUUAUAUAAAGUUCAGGAUGCAACAGUGUUUAUGCUAUCACCUGCAAACACCCGUGGUUGAACCGCGCUUGACUGCCGUCUUGUAUUGCCUCCUUUUCUUUGACUGUUCACUUCAAAAAUCAAAAUCAAAAUCGCUUAUUUUUAUUUCACGUAUAAUCAACGGGCAAGAGUCGAUAAUGCUGAUGUCCUGGCCGCUAUUUUUUUCCGUGGAAAAUAAAACGAUGCGAGGAAACGACGAGCUCUGGUGAAAUGAACGAAGAAACGAGAGCGUGUGUCAAGGCCGGCUAGCCGAAGUCGAAAUCCACUGAAAAUGCCCGAUGAAAAUGCACCAAGUUCACCCAACAUGGACAAGGUUCAUCCGAAAGACAAAGCCAACAUCAUAUCGAGAGUUUUGCUCUGGUGGAUUGUUGAUCUUUUGCGAAGAGGAAGAAAAGCUCCGCUGAAUCAAGAAGAUCUCGAUCCGGUCAGGGAAGACGAUUGCGCCGCUCGACAUACAAAACGUUUAGAGGAAAUCUGGCAAAAUGAAAGGGACUCGGCAAGACAACAGAGGAAAAAACCCAAGCUUUGGAAGGCGAUGAUGAAAUACUUCACCUGGCAAGAGCAUGCACUGGUGUACUUCCUGAUGCUUUUCAACGUCUUUGGAAACGCUGUAUUCUUCUAUUCCGUUACAAACCUAAUGAAAGCCAUCGGUAGCAACUUUGAAGGGGGCGCCCAUUCUCCGGACGAGUAUCUCAUUUUCAUUCUGGGCAUGAUGGUCGGGUCGUUUUGUGAGGUUCUCGGUUCUCAGCAUUCGUGUCUGUACUUACCCAUGUUAGGAAUCAGAGCCAGAGCUGCCCUGGUUGGCUUGAUUUAUAAAAAAGUGUUGAGGUGUAGCAAAAUGUCGAUGAACGCUGGAGAGGUAAUGGAGUUGGUUUGUGACGACACUCAUCGUCUGGCCACAAUGGGGGAUCAGUUUCUGCCAAAUUUGCUUCGGCAAUCUGCCAAAGUCGUCGUCUACAUCACGUGGCUGUUAUGUUUUGUCGGCUGGAAAUUCAUUCCGGGUUUGUGCGUGUUCACGAUCCUUGCAUUAUUCCGCUUAUGCAUGACAAAUAUCGACAUAAAGUUUCGCAAGAAAGCUUCACAGUUGGCGGAAAAACGUCUUGGAUACCUUCGCGAGGUUUUGACGAUCAUCCAAUCCGUUAAACUGAACUGCUUGGAACAUGUCUAUGAAGAUAAGAUCCAGAGAACGAGAUGGCAAGAAAUAAAAUAUAAGGCAAAACGCUGGAUAAUUCUCUCUAUGAGCUUUUCGUUUACCUCUUGUGGGCAACACUUGUCAACCUUUGUCAUCGUCUUAGUGCUAAUAUACACUGAUCGUUCCAUGCUAACUUUUAACAAUUUAUUCACUAUCAUGGUGCUGUCUGUCGGCAUUGGCGAGAUUAUUUGCAUGAAACUACCAAUUUCUAUCCACUUCAGCACGGACAUUAUUACGGGACUUUCUCGCAUACAGCGUUUCCUGGAAAGCUGCGAUGCCAUAGAUGAUACAAUUAACGACAUUCCGCCCUCGGAGAAAGGAAAAAAUGGCGAUGAAAACUGUGGUUCAAAAAUACUCAGUCCAACACCUAAGGUUUGCCUAGAUGGCGUGUCUUGUAAACUUCUCAAAUCCGAUACUUCGAGUGCGCAAAUAAAAGAUGUCACUCUACUGAAUGACAUUUCUAUUGAAAUAUCUUCACAAACGUUAGUUAUGAUAACCGGCUUGGUGGGCAGUGGCAAGUCAUCACUCCUUUCAACUAUUCUUCAUGGAGAACUUCAAAUUUCAAAGGGAUCAACAAAACAUUCGGGGAACAUCGCUUAUGUUUCCGAUACGCCAUGGGUAUUUCCUGGUACAGUUCGCGAGAAUAUACUAUUCGGUUUGCCCUACGAGGAGAAAUGGUACACGGAAACCAUUAAAGCCUGCCAGUUGGAGAAGGAUUUCAAAAGAUUUCCGGAUAAAGACUUGUCACACAUCGGGGAACACGGUGCGACAAUUAGUGGUGGCCAACGGACACGUAUCGCAUUGGCACGCGCAGUUUACUCGCGGGCGGAUAUAUAUCUUCUGGACGAUCCUUUUAGUUCCUUGGAUGCUAAAGUCGCGGAGAAUAUCUUUAAAAGUGUUUUCAAGGGGCUGCUGGCCGAAAGAAUUGUGUUUGUAAUCACACUGAAUCCGAGAUAUCUGGCGCAAGCUGAUUACAUCUUGAAGUUGUCAGAAGGUACUGUGGUCGCUCAGGGAACAGUAAAUGAGGUGAGGGAGGCGGUAUCGGAACUGGGGACCGUUGAGAACAAAGACAGCAUAAUUGAAAACAGUGAAGAAGACAGUGAACACGAGGAGACAGAUGAUGAUCUGGAACAAGCGAAACAAUUGCUCGAAGCUAAAGAGGAUCGGGAGAUUGGAACUGUUUCUUUUAACGUUGAUGCAAAGUAUUUCAUGUUUGGAGCACCAGCGCUGAUGCUUUUGAUAAUGCUAGUAAUAAUUAUAGCUGGGCAAGGUCUCACUGUAUGGGUUGACAUUCAAGUGUCGUCAUUACCAAAUAUAGUACACGAGGAGGAAAAGUUUCAACGUGCUCUAAUAAUUUACCCCGUAUCCUUGGUGAUCACGAUAUUGAUUGUGAUUGUCUCCAGGUUAUGCAUAUUUCUUGUUCCGAUCCGAGCAAAUUACCGAGUCCACAACAAAAUGGUGAAUCGUCUGCUCCAAGCUCCUAGUCAUUUUUACGCAGUGAACCCGGCUGGCCGUAUACUCAACAGAUUUUCACAAGACAUCAAUAACUUGGACGACCUUCUGCCAUUCAACUUGGUUUAUUUCUUUCAGUGCGCGACGCCCGGCAUGGGAGCUAUUGUGUUGUGUUUUUUUACAAGCGUUUACCUCAUCCCAAUAUGCUUUCUUGCACUCGGGAUAUGCUUUGGUACGUCGAAGUUCUUCUUCAGCAGCGCAAUGGACAUCAAACGUUUAAUGUCCGAGUCUGGUGGUCCGCUGUAUUCGCAUUUCUCCAACACUAUGGAAGGGGUGAGGACAAUCCGGGUUCACAACCGACAGCAGAGUUUCACAGAGUCAGCGUUCAGGCAUAUCGACCAUCAGCACGAAGCCAUGUUCGCCUAUUAUACAGCAGCACGUUGGUUCGGAAUUACCUUGGACUUGGUCCUUGGUAUGUUUUGCGUAAUUGUUGGCUUGUUUGAACUGUAUACGGUGAAGGAUUCCUCAACAGCAGUUGUUGCCGCAGUUACAAUUAUGUACGCGUUCCGUUCAGCUGGAUACACCACGGGAAUGGUGCGCAGUGCCGUAGAAGUCCAUGCCCAGAUGACCUCGGCUGAAAGAAUUCUGGCAUAUACUGAGAUUGUGCCUGAAAGAGGGCGAGAAAUCGAAGAAAAGCCGCCCAAGGAAUGGCCUGAAACCGGAGUAAUUCAAUUCGACCACGUCUCUCUUCGACAUUAUAAGGAUGGGCCGACAGUUCUAAAAGACUUGUCAUUUGAAAUCAAUCCGUCUGAGAAGAUCGGAAUUGUAGGAAGGACAGGUGCCGGCAAAUCGUCGCUGGUUGCCGCGCUAAUGCGAAUCGGUGAAACGGAAGGAAAUAUUAUCAUAGAUAGUUUAAGAAUUGAAGAUUUAAAUGUCCUAUCAACUCGUGGACGCAUUUCUGUCAUCUCUCAAUCUCCUGUGUUAUUUAAUGGUACGAUCAGGGAGAAUUUAAAUCCGACAGGUGAGCUCGACGAUUCGGAGAUUUGGGAGGUUUUGGACAAGAUGAAAUUGGGCAUUCUUGUUGGUAGUCUCCCUCAUAAGCUCGAUAACGAGUGUACUGGCGGUGGUUCCAACUUUAGCGUCGGUCAGCGACAGUUGUUUCAUUUAGCGAGGGUUUUAUUAAAGCGGAACAAAAUCAUCAUUUUCGACGAAGCUACAGGUAAGGUGGAUAAGAAAACUGCUGAACAAAUCCAGAACGUUAUCCACGGCGUAUUCGAGGAUUGUACGGUGAUAACAAUCUCACAUCGUAUAGCUACCAUUCAGGAAUGUGACAGAAUAAUGGUGUUAGAUCAGGGUUCCAUUGUUGAAUUCGAUAAGCCAAAUGUUUUGUUGAAUAAGGAGGAUGGCUUUUUCUUAGGACUUACGAAAAUUGCAAAUGAAUCAUAAUUUAGUAACACUACCCGAAUGUAUCAAUAGCUAGGGAGAAAAACUGACAAUGCAUUCCUAUACAGGGUGAUAUUAGAUGAAUGUCUGCCUUGCAUAUUGUUGAUCGCAUUCCCAUGCAUGCACGCUAUCAAAAUUUCAUAUCGAUGAUAACGGUUCAUAUAAUGUAUAUACAAUUGAAGAAGCAUUCAAAUUUUACCAGAUUCUUGUUGAAAUAAUAGUUAAGAUCUAGCUAUAAGAUAAACUGUUGGCCCAAUUUAUACAAAAGCCUUACAUCCGCGUGUCAUGUGAACUCAACAACAUGCAGCAAGUUUAUUUUUCUAAACUGACUUUUACCCAACACUGCAUCACUAAAUGCUGAUUUUUCAAAAUAGGAACCUGUUUUUCAGUUUCUAGGCUAAAUAGGAUUUAACUUGUUUAUAGGGUGUAUUAGGGGCCGAUUGCAUGGACCGGGAUAGCCGGUUAAAUGAAUAAUUAUAUGAGUAAUUUUUGCCGGGCUGGAAUUUAGCAGAAGCAGGAGCCAUUGCUGUUUAUGCACGGGCUGAAGCGAUUACAUGCGAACUUUCAGCCCGGCAAGAUGGGCUAGCUCGGUUGACAUAAAUUGCUUGCGAUAAUAUAGGAAGCCCGCUUUGUCCGUGUAAUCGGCCCCUUAAUGACAAGUUUAGGCUUAAUAACGACAAAAUGAGGCUAUGAAGUUUAUAAUUUCCACGUGCUUAUGAUACUUGUGGGUUUUUACUGAAGCUAUAUAUAUGCCUGUUGCGUGCAAAGAAUAAAGUAUAUUAUAUAGGUAUGCACGCAAGGUUUUCUUUUUGUAAUUUAGGAUAAUAUUUCAUAUAUAUCACAGGAUUAUAUUUUAUGAUCUUGUUUAAAAAAAAUUAAUUUUGACGUCACGAAAACGGAAGACUAGAUCUUUCGUGGUGGAAGUCGAAGAAGUGGAAGUUCUACUCUACCGGUUGUUCGAAAGGCGUUCAGCUUAAACGAUGGAUAAGCUAAAAAUAGAAAACCAAAUUAUAUAUUUAUUGAAAAACUGAGCUGAAAUAUUUCGAUGCAAAUAGUUUAAUUUUCAAAGAAAGUACAUAUUUAAUGACGCAUAUAAGAUGCAAGUACAGUCAUUCACAAGAUAUAUUAAAGUAUUUUUAAGUGAUUUUGCUUAUCCACCGUUUAAGCUAAACGCCUUUCGAACAACCGGCCCCUGGACUAUACAGCUGGCCUAUUUUGGACAAGCACUUUAAAAUGAUCUAAAUCUAAAUUAACUAAAUUUGUAUUAAUGAAAUAAUUUCGAUAUUAUAGAUGCAUACAUAAAAUAUUAUUAGUAUUCAAACGUAGACAUCUUUUUACAAAGGAACGCUAAAAUCUUUCAGUUCUGAGUUUAGGCAAAAUAGGUGAUUGCGCUUCCCUAUUUUGUUUUUGAUUACGUAAAGCUAGCUCAUAAUAUAAAAUGCAAUAUGUUUUGUUUAGCUAUACUCAUAUAGUUAAAU